CGAUUACCAAGCACUUCAUCUGGAUGGAUUGAGAGUGUCUUUAUUUGUGCAUAACAAGUGAAAGUGAUACGUUCGACCCAUUCGACGAGACUGCUAGAAUGCAAAGUUCCGCUUUUCGCCAUGUGGUGCGAUCCUCGUACAGUCGCGUUUCAUCGCUAAACCGAACUACACUGGUCCGACACUUUGCCUCGGAUAAAACACCAAACCGGACAGCGCUGUACGAGUUUCAUCAGCAACAAGGCGGGAAGCUUGUGGACUUUGCUGGGUACUGGUUGCCGGUCCAGUACACCGACCAGAGCAUCAUCAAGUCUCAUCUCUACACACGCGAAUAUGGCUCCAUUUUUGACGUUUCACACAUGUUGCAGACCUACCUGAGAGGCAAAGAUGUGAUCGGUUGUUUGGAAUCUAUCUGUACGGCCGACAUUAAGGGUUUGCGCAAUGGAACGGGCACGCUUACAGUUUUUACCAACAAAGCCGGAGGUAUUCUCGAUGAUCUGAUCGUCAACCGUGUAGCUGACGACGUGCUGUACGUCGUAUCGAACGCAUCGAGAAAGGAUGUUGAUAUGGCUAACAUAUCCACUGCCGUGGCUUCGUUCAAGGCUCAGGGGAAGGAUGUUUCGGUGGAAUUUCUUUCCUCCGACGAUCAGUCGCUGCUUGCCGUCCAGGGACCUAACGCUGUCACAACGCUCCAGAAGCUCUGCCACAAAGAUCUUUCACGGCUGUACUUCAUGAACACUACCACCGAUUCGAUUGCCGGUGUUGACGGCUGUCGGAUAACACGCUGUGGCUACACCGGUGAGGACGGUGUCGAAAUCUCAAUUCCCUCCUCCAAAGCCGCACACAUCGCUACAGCCUUACUCGAUCCAAACGUUGGCAAACUGAAGCUGGCCGGUUUGGGUGCCCGUGACUCGCUCCGUGUUGAGGCUGGUCUAUGUUUGUACGGUAACGAUAUAGACGAAAGCACCACCCCAGUCGAAGCGAAUUUGCUCUGGUUGGUCGCGAAGGCACGUCGCGCCGAAAACAAUUUCCCCGGAUCGGACAAAAUUAACUCACAAAUAAAGAAUGGUGUUACACGGCGACGGGUAGGCUUCAAAAUGGACUCGGGAGCCGCACCGGCACGCCAGCAUGUGGACAUCUACAACAACGAGCAGCAGAAGGUAGGCGAAAUUACCAGCGGCUGUCCGAGUCCGUGCUUGCAGCAAAACAUUGCGAUAGGGUACAUCCGGGAGGAGUACAAAAAACCGGGCACCGAAAUAACGCUGAAAGUGCGCGAUAAGCACUACCACAGUACCGUUGCGAAGAUGCCCUUCGUGGCGACACACUACUACCAGGCGCCGAAAUAAAAAAAAAACUUACAACACUCAUGCAAUAGGGGUGAGAUUGUGGUGUAAAGAAUGAACCAAAAACAA